AAAACCCGUAAAGUGGCUUCUGGUCGGAAUAAUCUACUCGAAUCUUAAAACGACGUCGGUUUUACCAAAUGCGAGUCAACGGAUGCUGCUGCAAUGCGUCGUGUUGUGUUCGUUACUCGCCAUCGUCGUCGUCUCCGUCGCUUCGAUCUCUCCCCUCGGUGUUCACCCUUUAGAUGAAAAAUAUUUCGACUCAGAUAUUAUCAAAUGCAAAGAUGGCUCCAAAUCUUUCUCUAAAGAUCGUCUCAACGACAACUUCUGCGAUUGUCUCGAUGGCACCGAUGAGCCUGGAACUUCAGCAUGUCCAAAUGGCAAAUUUUACUGUAGAAACAUUGGAAGUUCUCCAAAGUUUGUUUACUCUUCUCGUGUGAACGAUCGUAUCUGUGAUUGCUGCGAUGGAAGCGACGAGUACGAAAGUAGCAUUCAUUGUCCCAACACAUGUGUAAUGGGUGGUAACGUUAACUAUAUCUAUAAACCUAGAACCAACCUUAAAUCUAUCCACUUGCAACUCGGUUCAACACUUCAUCCAAAAGAGUCUUAUACCAUGGGGAAUCUUCAGGACAUGGUCAAGAAUCUCCAAGGUAUGAAGCUUGUCUUCGCCCUUCAGAUGGUUUUUAUCGGUUUCUUAGUGAUCUUAUGGAUGCUUACGCGCCGUGCUCGGUCUAAGAGGAGACGUUAUCUGCUGAAGAAUGUAUCUCCCAGUAAUAGAUCAGCUAACUAACUCUCUGGAACUUUGGUUAUAGUUUUGUGAAGCUUUUACGUGGAACCUGAGCUACAUAUGUCAAGUGUCAUUAGUCACAUGAUCUGCAGAUUUUCUACAAAAUGGAUUCAUAAUUUGGAUGAUCUGAUCUCAUGGUGAAUUAUUCGACUGAUACAAGCUUCUAUAAAAAUGAACUCUUGUUUGUUUUUAUGCUUUAUCGUUUGUGUGUAUAAUGAAUUUGGUCUUGGUUCUUUUUGGUCUUCUGAUUUUUAGUGAGUGAUUCAGAACUCAGAAGUAGAUAUAUAUUAUCUAUGCAAAUCAGCAUUAGUUA